AGCCUCGGUGCAUGCAUCACUUCCUCGUUUGAUGUGAGGAUGGUAGGAUGUUUCCGGUCGCAAUGCGGAAGUGCCGGUGUUAUGGCUGAGUCAAUGAAGUUUACGAGGUGCCUCUUGGAGUUGCCGAAAUUUACCAUUAACGAUGUGCGUCGUAUCGUCAGAGGAUCAAGUACAACGCCGCAGAGUAAGCUUGAAAAGGGUUUCAAGUUCUACGUUUCGUCCUACCUGUGCAAUUUUGAAGAUGACCUUACGUGAUUCAAAGCCAGUUGUACUAAUAAACAGCAACUGUUCUUGUGUGGCUGGUUGUGGAAUCUGCAACCACUUGGUUGCAUUGCUUUUCCAGACGGCUCAUUAUUCUGAAUGUGGCAUGACUGUCGUCCCUCCUGUCCUUUCAUGCACACAGACAGAACAGAAGUGGCAUAAACCACGAACAAUGGGUGUGAAGCCUGGUCCCGUGGAUGCGAUGGUUGUCCUGAAGCCCAAACCAGGUGCUACUACAGCCAGUGGGGUUAGAUCUACACUUUACAAGGGCUAUAGUGGUGAGCUCCCACACCCAGCAACCCUCAAUCCUAGACCUGCCUACGCUGGAAUGAAAGCAGAAUCUCUUCCCCUCAUCUGCACAAUGAACAUCUCAGCUGACAAGCCACUUGUGGACUCUGUCUUUGGGAAGGUACAAGCUGGAAGUGUACUGUCCUAUCAACAAACCCUACCUCCACCUGAUAGUGUUGUACUACAUGAGGAUGCACCCCCAUUCCCCAGUGUGCCACUAGAUGGUUACCAUCUAAACCAAAGUGAAUAUUCAUUUGUGCCAACUCACCAAGAACAGCUACAUCUGAGCUCACUUUCUGUGACCUUAUCACAGUCACACCUCAUUGAGGAGGCAACAAGAUGCCAAAGCGCUACACCUGAGUGGCAUUCACUUAGGAGAGAAAGGGUGACAGCCUCACAUUUCAGAGAGGUGAGCCAUGUUAGAGGUCCAAGGACUGCAGAAGGCCUGGCAGAAAGGAUGAUCCGAGGGACACGACAAACGGCAAACAUGAAGAGAGGCCUGGAAAUGGAAACCGGGGCCUUAAAGGAUUAUGCAGUUCUGAAAAACCUGAACUUAACCAAGUGUGGGUUGGUUAUUCACCCAGAUGCACCUUGGCUGGGUGCAUCGCCGGAUGGGCUUGUAUAUGACCCCCUUGAGCGUCCAUCAUUUGGGCUUGUUGAAAUUAAAUGCCCAAAUGCACAAAGUUAUGUGGACUGCAAUGUCCUCAAAAUGGCACAAGGUAAAUACAAACUGAAGGAGAGCCAUUGUUAUUAUUGGCAAGUCCAGGGUCAGUUAUUGAUCACCGGAAUGCAAUGGUGCGAUUUUGUUAUCUGUGCCCAUGAUGACAUCUUUGUGCAACGCAUAUACAGAGAUGGCACUGUAUUAGAGGAGGCGAAAAAAAGGUGUGACAUGUUUUUCUUUAACAUUUACUUGCCAAAAUACCUCUCCAUGUCCAAGUAAUUAAAAAAACAUAACCAAGACAUAUACUCAAACAAUGAAAAAAAAAAUUGCAUUUUAUUGUCAAUUGUUAAACUGUCAUUUCAUUUUUGCAUAUACAGUAAAAGUAAAAAAUGUUGUGUUUUUAACAUAUAAAAUUAAAGCAUUAUUUACAGUAUUUA